AUGAACAGCUUGCCUCAGGAGUUGGUGGAGCGCGUUUGCGUCUUCCUAACCCGCGACGACCUGAAGAACACGCUUACGCUUUCGAGAAGCUUUCAAUAUGCUUCAGAGCGAGCAUCCAAAGCAUACACAACGUUCGACCUGAACUCUUCGAACACAGAAGACUUUAAAAAACUAUAUGCUGGCCGUCGGUGGGUGUAUCUUCGGCAUGUGCGAUACCAGACUUACAUCCCACCAUCCGCAGAGGUAGCAGACGCGGAACACCUAGCAAAGCACAAUUGCCGUGAAUCGCCUCAAGAACUUCGGGAGAAAGACGAGCUAUUCACUGAGCAAAUCAAAUCCAUUUUUGAUACUAUAAAAUCGUUGGAGGACAGCUCUUCAGAAGGAAAACUCCAACUGACCAUCUACGCACCGGUUCGAGAGGUCCGUGAGACUUGCGCCCAUCGCAAGUGUAUAAGCUGGCGACUCCACCUACUUUCUCCCGACUCACUUCCGCAUCUCGGCUCAGUGCGAGCCUUGCGCAUCGAGGAUCCUAGAAUCAUCUAUCCAUUGGAGGACAAUAACUCACUGCUGAAGAUUGAUCUGCGGGUCAUUGUGGAUCUGGCUGUGAAGUUCCCUCGUCUGGAAUACUUGGGCUGCAAACUCUUCGCUGGCAGCGGAUGGACGCCCUACUACAACUCAGAAGUCGCUCGAACGUAUAGUCGCGAUUGCGAUCGACCAGGCCCGCUUCGGGAUACGCGUCUGGGAUUCGCGAAAGCUCUUGAUAACGCCUCUCUCCCUUCAACCCUCCGUGAGGCGCAACUUGACUUCCUGUGGCCCAUGUCGUCUGCAGAGCGUAUCGACCAUGACGAGCGCAUACCGAACCUCGCAGGCUCGAAUACUUACGACCUCUUUAGCAGCAGCCUGAGGGCUCUGUCAUAUGGGUUGCGAAGGCUGGAGCUUAAGCUGGUCGCCGACGCAAGCUUAUUCUGGCCCUCUGCCGGCUCAACAUCUUAUCCGAAUCUUGAAAGUGUCUGUAUACUAUUCCAUAUGUCAACUCCAGCCGGACGUUGGUACUUCGAUGGUCCCGAUGGCCUUGGUAGCGAUGCUGAGGGAUUCCAAGUCGAUGAGGGAUCUUACCCUCCGCUAGAGGACACCUCUGAUGAUGAAGCACUCGAUGAGGAAGUCGAUGAUGAAGGCCUGAAUACAGAAAUAGUCAACAACAAGCGGUUCCGCGUCCGACCCAAUAACGAAGUCUUGUCUCCAUUCCUCACCGCCUUUGCUAAAGCAGCGUCUGAGAUGCCGAAAUUGAAAGAAGCUUCCUUGUGGUCCCCGCUCAGAUGGCAGACGGGUGAUGCCUAUGGAAACAGUGACGAAUUGGGCAAGAAUAUCGCAAAAUGGCCUGAUCGACCUUUGGCUUGGGGCAUUACAUAUAUUGCACCAAAGACUUUCGGAUUCCAUUUUGAGGGACAGCAUUAUUCGCAGUCGCGACAGCUAUUCUGGACUACCGGCACGUGGCGGCCGAGUGACGAACUUCACGAUCUCUUCGGUCGGAUCGGCGACCAGAGUGUGGAACUGCUGGAGUAUUGGGGAUUGGACAAUUACGGCAAAGAAAUGUUGCCUCUGCGCGAAGUCUUCGACCAGUUCCAGAUCUAUGGACGGCGUCACCCAGCUUGUGCAUGGCCUGUGGACAAGUCGUUCAUUAUACACAAGACGCUACAAUAA